AUGCGACGAUCAACACUACCCGAGCCUCGUGCGCCGUUAAAUCAGCAGCCGAUCAGCGACAAGUCGGCCGAGACUCGACAUGAUACAGAUUCGUCCGAGGACGAGGAUGACAAGGAUACAUAUCCAGAGAAUAGCAGACAAGCAUGGACAUGCCUCUUAGGCUCAUUUUUAAUGAUGUUUCCGUCAUUUGGUUUCCAAACCGCAAUUGGAUCCGUUCAAGACUACAUCAGUACCCAUCAACUUUCUGAAUAUAGCGUCAGUGAUGUUGGCUGGAUAACUGCAAUUUUUGUUUUCUUGACACUUUUCCUUGGGGUUCAAGUCGGCCCUCUGUUUGACCGGUACGGGUCAAGAUCUUUGAUCAUAGGGGGAAGUCUAGCGAACUUUCUCUGCUAUAUUUUACUAGCGGAAUGCACUGAGUACUGGCACUUUAUGCUAUGCCUCGGUGUUCUCGGCGGUAUAUCAUCUGCUAUUAUCACCACAGUCUCUAUAGCGGUGCUCAGUCACUGGUUUUAUCGAAAUCGUGGUCUGGCAUCUGGCAUCUGCAUGGCAGGGUCAUCAACCGGCGGAGCUCUUAUACCCUUAAUGCUCCGUUUUCUACUUCAACAGCACGGAUGGCUGUGGUCAAUUCGAAUCUUUGCUUUUAUAGCUCUAGGGUGUUACAUGGUGGGCGUGUUCCUUGUUAAGGAGCGUCUUCCAACCAAAAACACGACAAAGUCAAUGAUUGACUUUAAAGCAUUCGCAUCACCCCGUCUAUGCUUUCUUGCAGUUGCCGUUUUCUCUUUUGAAUUCAUCAUAUUUGGCUGCGCUGCAUUGCUACCAACAUACGUUCGCUAUGCGGGCAUGUCGGAGGAUGUGCAAUUCUACUCAUUGACUCUCCUAAAUGGCAUGAGCCUUUUCGGAAGGGUUAUACCGGGCUUUGCCGCUGAUCAACUUGGUCGAUUUAACACACUUAUAUCGAUGGUAUGUGCUACCUUGAUCGUCAUGGCAGCAGUAUGGGUCCCAUUCGGCUCGCAAGAUGAAGCUACACUAUACGCUGUUGUAGCCAUAUUUGGGUUUGGCUCUGGUGGAUGGCUAUCGUUAGCCCCUGUUUGUGCAGGGCAGCUCUGCCGAACCGAAGACUAUGGCCGGUUUUAUGGCACAAUUUAUAGCGUGGCGUCGUUUGGAGUUUUGUUGACGGUCCCAGUCGGCGGAAAAUUGCUUCAGUCGACAACCCCUCAAAUUUUGAUAGGGUUUUAUUCCGCAAUAUUGUUUGUUGGAAUGGUUAGUAUAACGCUGUCGCGAUGGGCAUUAUUGGAUUGGAAAUGGAAGUGGUGUGUUAAAGUUUGA